AUGGACAGCUGCGCCUAUCUUUCUCUCCAGGUCGGAGAUAGAUUGACAGAAGGCCGCUAUCGACGGGUUCAUAAGCUUGGGCAUGGAGGGCACUCCACUAUAUGGCUGGCCCGUGAUCUACAAAAUUCCAGAUAUGUCGCCGUGAAAGUCAUCAUUGCAUUUUCCAGUGGUAACACAGAUGAACCUGGUCUGCUUCGCUACCUAAGAGCGUCAUCGGAAAAGCCUGGAGGGGAUCUUGUCCGGCCUCUCCUCGACGAGUUUUGGGUUGCUGGCCCCGUUAAGAGGCAUAGAUGCUGGAUUGAGCUUUUUUCAGCCCAGCUUGCGCAGUCAAUAAUCGAUCAACUCAUUCCUGGAAUUGCUUUUCUUCAUAGUGAAAAUAUUGCCCAUGGCGAUAUGUAG